GACUGAUUAUCUCCCCUCCUGGGACAUUGCCUUACAGAAACUCAUGGAUCCAGAAUUUGGAGUCAACAGGACGUCUGUUACUGAGUUCAUUCUACUGGGCCUAGUAGAAACAGAACAGCUACAGUCUGUGGUCUUUGUAGUCUUCCUCGUUGCCUACCUGGUCACAGUCGGAGGCAACCUCAGCAUUCUGGCUGCCAUCUUGGUGGAGCCUAAACUCCACACCCCCAUGUACUUCUUCCUGGGGAACCUAUCAGUGCUGGAUGUUGGGUGCAUCACUGUCACUGUUCCCUCGAUGUUGGCUCGUCUCCUGUCCCACAAGCGUACAAUUCCCUAUGGAGCCUGCCUCACACAGCUUUUCUUCUUUCACCUUCUGGCUGGGAUGGACUGCUUUCUGUUGACCGUCAUGGCCUAUGACCGAUUCCUGGCCAUCUGUCAGCCCCUUACUUACAACACCAAAAUGAGCCAGACAGUCCAGAAAAUAUUGGUGGCUAUGUCCUGGGCUUUAGGUUUCACUAAUGCACUAAAUCACACUAUUGCCCUAAAUACCCUCAACUUCUGUGGUCCCAAUGCAGUCAAUCACUUCUACUGUGACCUCCCACAGCUCUUCCGGCUCUCCUGCUCCAGCACCCAACUCAACGAGCUGCUGCUCUUUGUAGCAGCAGCCUUCAUGGCUGUAACCCCCUUGGUCCUCAUCACUGUGUCUUACGCACAUGUGGCAGCUGCAGUCCUACAAAUCCGCUCAGUGGAAGGCAGGAAGAAGGCCUUUUCCACAUGUGGCUCCCACCUCACUGUGGUUUGCCUCUUCUAUGGUACUGGUAUCUUCAACUACAUGCGUCUUGGUUCUGAGGAGUCUUCAGACAAGGAUAAAGGGGUUGGGGUCUUUAACACUGUUAUCAAUCCCAUGCUGAAUCCACUUAUCUACAGCCUUAGAAACCCUGAUGUCCAGGGUGCCCUGUGGCGAGUACUUGUGGGGAGGCAGUCACUGACCUAA